GAAGGGGAAGGUUUUGGUGACAAUUUCGACCCCUCAGUCACUUAGUCUUUUUCUAUAUUAAUUCAUUGAAGUCAAGUUUUUUUAAAGCCUGACCACGUAUAUCCGUUGCUAAAUCUGUCCCUGAUGAUGGAUACUGGGUCGUUCGCUACAUCCUGCGUUUGGAUGCGAGAGUCUGCACAGGUGUGGUCGUCGUGAACAGUGAGUGUCCUCAUCACUGUAAACCUGAGAACCAUCAAAGACCUCAGCAACAAUUGAUGCCAUUACAUGAGGUUAAAGUCCAUGAAAAUGUCCAAAUUAGAGCGUCUUAACGCCCGAGUGGAGAAGCUGCUGGUGAAAGCUGUGCAGGAGGUUCUGGAGGUGGUGAAGGAGACAGUGUCGGAGUAUCAGGAGAAAACUGCCAGAACCCAAAGAGAGAACCAGAGUCUGAAGAGGAGGCUACAGGAACUCCAGGAGAAGAUAAACUCACAGCGCAAUGAAAUUCCUCUCAUAUGUGACACACAGCAGAACAACAUGAAACAGGACCUUAAACUCACCCCAUCAGAGGAGGACACUGGGCCCACAAAUUCAUUUGAAGACACUCCCACUGAAUCAUUACUCAUCCCUUGUCUUUCCCUUAAUUCUAAGAUCAAACAUUUAGGUAGUGAUGACGAACACAACACAAGACCUCGUAAUACUGGCGCCAGUAAUGGCUCUGCAGCCAUUUCUAAUCAUAUGGAUCAGAUUUUUACACCAGAUAGUAUCAAAGCAGAGCCAACAUCAGAUGAAGACAGUAUGAAUAACAAAAAUUAUCUACAUUGUGAUGCUGCCACCGGUUCUACAUCCUUAAGAAAACAAGAGGCCGCCCAAAUCAGUUCCGGACUAUACAAGGAGCUGAGUGUUGUCUUUAGCAUGAACCAAAGCGGUGCGAGAGAGUCUCUGUCGAAGAUUUACAGUAACACAAACAGCCGUGCUGCUGAAGAACAACACACUGACCCCAAAGCAUGUGCUUCAGGUUCAAGAGGCGUCCAGAGAAAGGUUCGGAAACACUACAGCUGCUCGCUGUGCGGCCGCAUCUACAGGCACGCGGGCGACUUCAAGAAGCACAACCGGGUGCACACGGGGGAGAAGCCGUACUGUUGCUUGGUGUGUGGGAAGCGCUUCGGCCAGUCCGGGUACCUCACCGUGCAUCUGCGCUGCCACACGGGAGAGAAGCCAUUUGGCUGCAGCCACUGCGGGAAGAGCUUCAGUCACUCGAGUAACAUGAAGAAACAUGUUACUCGUUGUCAUAGAAGAGACUGGGGGUGAACAGGGUGACACAGACAAGAAAACAUUAUCUACAGUAUAUUAGUAAUUUGCCCCAUGGGUGUUUCGCAUCUGUGCAGCGUGUAAUGUCUCCUAUCCUUAGAUGCCUAAUUGUGGGAAAAAUUCCCUACAAUGUUCCAUGGUUAAAUGUGCCUUCUGAUGUGUAGGGGGAAACCUAUUGUGUGGCCUAAAUGUAAAGAUUCCUACAGAUUCAGACUGUUUUUUCCCACGUUUAUAGAUGUAUAUAGGUGUUGUGUUUUAAAUCAAAUAAAUGUAUGUGAAAUGUAUGGCAACAAAGGGCUAAGAUUUUAAAUUAGGAUGAUUACAGAUGAAAUUAGAGCAUGUGAUGAUAUAUAAAACAUACUGUAGCCUCUUCAGAAAAGCACCACAUUACGUCGAUUCACAGAAGGAAUGACACAAUAUCUUUCCCAACACUAUUUCCUAAUUCAAAAAAAACUCCAGCAACUACUCAUUUUCCCGUAAUGCAGGCUAGAAAAAAGCAAGCCAAAGCAAGCUACGGUAGAAGUAAGGUAGGUAAAGAUUGUCAUAAUCUUGUGCUCAGUUAUAUCAGUUAUGCAUUUUUUUACAAACCCUGUGUUUCAGACAAAGUCAUAAUGCAGAGUGUCAAAUGUGUGGCCGUUGGUGACACUGACAUAGGGAAGACCAGCAUGAUCUUCACCUACAUCAAGAAGAUCUAUCCCAAGGAGUACAUACCAGGUUUCUAUGAUUACUACAGUACUCAGGUCAGUGUAGAUAAUCACAAGGUCGACCUGGAGAUAAGAGACACAUCUGGCUGUGAGGACUUUGACACCGUACGUCCCCUCUGCUAUAAUGGAGUGGGUGUUUUCAUCAUCUGCUUCUCCAUUGCGAGCCCAGCCUCAUACGGCAACGUCAAGAAUAAGUGGCUUCCGGAGAUCAAGCACCAUUGCCCCAAUAUGCCUUUUCUCCUUGUGGGCACUAAGGCUGACCUUCGCAACGAUCAGAUAGAUUUGAAGAAACAGAAUCACAUCACUGUCUCACAGCAACAGGGAAACAUACUGGCCCAGCAAAUAAAGGCUGUUAAAUAUGUGGAGUGUGCUGCAAAAACCCAGGAUGGACUGGACGAGGUGUUUGAUGAGGCUGUUCGUGCUUUUCUUAAGCAUUUAGCCAUCAACAAAAAGACAUGCUCACUUUUGUAAGCAGAUCAAUUUAUAUGAACAACUUACUAACUGAGAGACUCGGCUCAUCAUGUGACGUCAUUUUGUUUAACUGCAGGUUUAUUUAUUCAUUUAUUUGUGAAAUAAUUGUUUAUUGUUAAAAUGUUUUGUAACAAGUAAGACUGUGCAAAUAUGAAAUGAAUAAACGAUCACUAAUGA